AUGGAAGGACAUGCAGCUGGAGAGCCUACUGCAGAGCAAACUAUUCCAAAUGUUGCUGAGCUAAUGCGGAAAUUUCAAGAAGAAAGGGAGAAAAACCAACGCGCAGACCACCCACCAACAAAUGGAGCACAGCAACACGCACCACCUCCGACUCCUCCAAUAGAAGUCAGGAAUGCAAUAGCCAAUUACUCUCCGGAGGCCUUUAUGAAAUUCCACCCCCCGGAAUUUUAUGGAAGCAUUGAUUCGAAAGUAACAGAGAAUUGGAUUCGCACGAUGGAAAGAAUUUUUGAUCUAGCUCGAGUCCCACAAGUAGACAAAGUGCGGCUAGCAAUAUACUUGUUGAGGGAGGAUGCUAGCUAUUGGUGGGAUACUAUGGCGGCCAUCCAUGGAGUAGACACAAUGACUUGGGAACAUUUUCGAAACUUAUUGGAAGAGAGAUACCUUACGACUGCCUUAAAAGAUGAAAAAGCAAGAGAAUUCACUUACCUGAGGCAGAAAAAGAUGUUGAUGGAAGAGUUUAUUCGAAAAUUUAAUGAACUCUCAAGAUACGCCCCCCACAUGGUCUGUACGGAUGAAUUAAAAAUCAAGCAUUUCAAAAAUGCUAUUCAUCCUGACAUUCGCAAAGACCUCGAAGUAGCAGACUUGGAGGGAGCUUCUUUUUCCAAAGUUGCUGACAAAGCCUUGAAGAUCGAAAGGGCAAUACUGAUGCAAGAACGGGAGAAAGAAGCUGAAUUCAGAAGACAGGACACAAGGAACUUCCGAAAUCGGCAAAAUAACCAUUUCAUGAAAGGUGGUCCAAGUCAGAAAAGUAGUGACAAGAAGCGGCCUAACCAGUGGAGUUUCAACAACAACAACAACAAGAGAGGAAAGGAGCAGUCCCAAGAAAAGCCAGGAUUUCCUCAAUGCCCCAAAUGUAACAGAUAUCAUCCUGGUGAAUGUCGGGUUGGUACUAACACUUGCUACAUAUGCGGGAAGCCGGGACACUUUGCAAAGGAAUGUUCCAACCGUAAUGAACAAUAUAAAAGGGGAGAAUAA